AUGACCUACGACACUGAGGAAGAUAACGACCCGUAUAAAAUCAACAUAAGAUUAGAGGAUGACGAGGACAGCAAACGAAAACGGUUUUUCGAAAAAGGGCUCAGCACACUCUUAGACGACGAGUAUUUUUUGCUCCUCUACGUGCCUGCAAAUGGAGGCAAGAUGAAAGUUAUAAGACCUGCCAAUGACGCAUACCAUCGAAAGCGCAUCAUCAAAAGAAUCAAUGAAGAACGACGCAUUCCAUCUUUUUAUUACGCCUUAUCGCAUCUUUGGGGUCUCACAGAAAACAACCGAUACCACUGGAAUGAUAUCAGUGAAUACGUUGACGACGAACAAGGACAAUCAAUGCAACCUGUUUCCAUGCGAGAUGAGAAACGAGAUGCAUUACUUACAAUGCUUAAGGACCAUCCUGACAGCUAUUGGUGGAUCGAUGUCUUGUGUGCACGCACUGAUACCCCACUUGAUAUCAUGGGAGAUAUUUACGCUUGUUGCCUUGAAUGUAUUAUCAUGAUCGAUUGUCAGCCAAGCCUUAUACCGAAAAUUCACACACUCUACCAGCAGUUACAUCAAACGCCGGGUUACGAGCGAAUUGAAGUCUUGGAUACCUUGGCUACAUUCUUGCAAAGCCAAUGGUGGCAACGUGUAUGGACCUGGCAGGAGAUGGCUCUCCCUGUUGGAGAUGUGCGCUUUACGGCUGAAACAGAUAUUCAUGGACUACAAUCCAACACAAUCACUCUGGAGAAAUUACUUGAAUUUAAUACUCUGAUGGGUGAUACUCUGAUGGGUGAUGGUCUGACGGUUACUUCCUAUCAUUUGCAACAUAAACUACUACACGAUUACGGCAAAGAACUGUUAUUCUUGGAAGUUGCUCAAAGAUUCAGGGACAUAGACUCUGCAAGAAAAUCCAACGUUGUUCGUAGAGCGACAACUGAAUCAGUGCAUGGUGUAAUGAUGCCAUUGAUGUAUUCCAAUCGACGAUGUUAUGAUCCGUGUGAUUAUGUUUAUGGUGUACUGGGAAUGAUGCAGAUCAAAAUCCCAAGGAUGGAUGAUCCCAAUUCUGUUUGGCGCCAUUUCUUGUCAGAGCUGGAUAAUUUAAGUCCGCUUAAGUUUGGAACAUGGAGUCAUCGUGCAGAUGACAUCGAUUUACGAAAAGUUGAUAAUCUUGGUGACGUAUACGGCAAGUUGUCUAUGAUAUAUAUUCGUGAUGUGAAUGGCCUUUAUUAUUAA